UCUUUACUGAAGGCAGAUGUAAUACUUGAAACCAACAAGUUCUUCUAUCAUUGAUAUUGUUUUUCUCAUACAUAAAAAAGUAAUAGUAUUUUAAAGAACGUCAACUAUGUCUAUUAGAAUUUUGCUAUCGAUGAAUAUAUAUAUAUAACCGGAACAAAAGAAAAGACAGUUUAGCAGAUAUUUGGGUAGCAUAAAGGAAAAAGCAGCCUCCGCCAGCAUUGUUAGCAAAAGUACCUCCGGUUGAUAAUAAUUCCGACUGCAGUUCAAUUACACCGGCGGAAGCAAAGCUUACACCUCCUCUUUCUUUCAACCGAAAUGCCUACCAGACUCCACCACAACAGAAAGAAGCGUGGACACGUCUCUGCCGGUCACGGUCGUGUUGGCAAGCACCGUAAGCAUCCCGGUGGUCGUGGUCUUGCUGGUGGUCAGCACCAUCACCGUAUCAACAUGGACAAGUACCAUCCUGGUUACUUUGGUAAGGUCGGUAUGCGCCACUUCCACUUGAAGCCCAACGCGUACUGGAAGCCUAUUGUCAACCUCGACAAGAUCUGGUCUUUGGCCGGUGAGGGUGUCCGUGAAAAGUACAAGAACACCGAAAAGGUUCCCGUCGUUGACGCUUUGGAGAAUGGCUUCGCCAAGGUUUUGGCCAAGGGUAGCGUUGCCCAGCCCGUUAUUGUCCGCACUCGCUUCGUCUCUCGUCGUGCUGAGGAGAAGAUCAAGGCUGCUGGUGGUGGUAAGUUCAACUUUUUUUGAGUGCUAGUGGAGGUCAACUUAGUAUUGAAAAAAAGUGUUUGGUGCUAAUGAUCAUUUUUAUCAUUCCACUCUAUUGUAGCCGUCGAGCUCAUUGCUUAAAUUACCUUGUUCUCUCAAAAAACAAU